UGCUCCAACACGCCCAAGAUCAAAUCCAUCUUCUACUGCGCCCAGAGAUAUUGCACUCCCGAACAAGCACAGUCUGGACGUAAUCUUCUGAGUCCUUCGUGCGAAGAAAAUGCUGGCUUUCCACUGCCUACCAUCCAAGACUAUCUUCUUUCCGAGGCAGAACUCAAUCAAGUGUUGGUCUUGAACGCCACAGCUGCCCUUGCAACUGCAAAUGUACCACUCAACACCCCAGCCAUUCCCGAUUCUGACUGGCAAGCAUUGGGCGAGAAGACAGUCAAAGAGUUCUACGCAACGUGGAACAUAGACUUUGACUUCUCCUUCGCCAUGCUCGCAUUCUGGGGCCUUGUCAUUGCGCUUGGAAUUGGUCACCGCACGAUUACAGUCAUGAAGAAGCCACGGGGUGCUCCACAAUCACGCUGGUGGCUUUGGAUCCGCAAGAGUCUGAUCUUGCCCCCUACUUUCCGCAAGCACCAGUCGGAGGCGGUGGCUCGCUCUUUCACCAUUCCUCCAAGACUUGAGAGCGUCAUUCUGGCGCUUUACGUGGUUAUGAACUUCAUCAUGUGCUUCCCAGGAUACAAUCUCUUCAUUGGCAACCAAUAUUAUCCUACCUACAAGCUCCAGCUUGCAAGAUAUGUUGCUGAUCGCACCGGCUUUCUAUCAAUCGCGCAAUUGCCUAUGGUCUGGGUUUUUGCGGCUCGCAAUGAUCCGUUUAUGUGGCUUACAGGCUGGUCUUUUGCGACGUACAAUCUCUUUCAUCGUUGGAUUGCUAGGAUUGCUGUCGUCCACGCAAUCAUCCACUCCAUCGCCUACACCGUCUUUGAUUUCUACUCGACCGGAGAUGCGUCUUCCUACCAGUCAUCGUGGGCUGAAGAGUACUGGUACUGUGGCGGCAUCGCUACAAUCACCAUGGCGCUAAUGCUUGGUGCCUCUGCAUACUGCUUCCGCGAACACUUUUACGAUUUGUUUUUGAUGGUCCACAUCUGGAUGUCCCUGAUCUUCUUCGUGACUCUUUGGUACCACGUCAAGAUUUUCAGUGGGGAAUUCAAUUACUACCUCUACCCAUGCAUCGCCAUCUGGGUUCUCGAUCGCCUGCUGCGAUUCGGUCGAACAGUCUUCAUCUCGGUUAUGCCACGCUUCACCAAGGGCGUCGAAGCUGUUGCCACAUACCAUCGGACCACCGAUAUGGCUCGCUUGGACAUCACUGACUUCAUGCCAAACAAGCCGGUUGUACCUGGACUAUACUAUUACUUAUAUAUGCCCGUCGGUCUGCGAGGCUAUGAGAGUCAUCCAUUCACAGUGUGCUCUUGGCGACGACCAGGUUCCUCUGAGCCCCCUUCGCCGAGACAAUCCAUUAUGGCCAAGGAAUUUGGAACAAAUAUUCGUCCAGUCUUUGAGACAUCUGCUUCCGGUGAACUGGCCCACACUUUUCUCAUUCGCCCAUACGGGGGAAUGACCGGUCGCCUUCAGAACCGACUUUUUGCAACGAACGAAUCAGUAGCAUCUGCACAAGUCACAGUCUUUCUCGAGGGUCCGUAUGGAGAAAAGCUGGAUCUUUCGGGCUACUCGGAUGUGCUUGUGCUGUGUGGAGGUUCGGGUAUCACCGCUGCAAUCUCGCAUGCUCACUUCUUGGUGGCCGAUAACAACCACACCAAGGUCCAUAUUGCUUGGGCUGUGCCUCAACGACACCUCCCAGACGACAUUUGCGCGAAUGAACUGGCGUCGGUCAUCCAUACAGAUCGUGUUUAUAUGACUGUGUAUCUCACGUCGGCUGCUGAGGAGGAAGCACAGAAUGCUGAAAAGCUCCCAGCGCGACCUCCAUAUGAGAUCCGUUUCGGACGCCCUGACGCUCAAACAGUCAUGCGAGAGCACAGACAGAUCGCGAAGAAGAGUAUGGCAAUUGUUACAUGCGGCACUCCGCAAUUCUCUGACGCCUGCCGCGCUGCUGUA